AUUUUAACGCCAGUGACGAGAACGUGCUUGUGUAUUGAGAUAUACAUGAGCGUGAUGAACGUCUCAGUUUGUUUCAGUAGCAGGGAUACAUUAUUGCUGACACAUCACGGAGGCUCGUGUUCGCUGUAGAUCGCUCCUCCACGAAGCGACACAUGAGAAGAUGGAAAAUUUAGAACUGAGUCUGUCAUCAUUGGGCAUUAUAGCGAGACAUGUUGACAAAAGUCACAGCGAGCUGAGCAAGUUCCUAGCAAAGCAGAUAUGGGGUAAGCAGGACAGGCAGUGUAUUCUGGAUUGUUUGGCUCAGCUGCUACUGGAGAAGGAUUAUACUCUACUGAUUGCACGGCAUCUGCGUCCUGUGAUUCUGGACUUGUUGGAGCGCAAUGCUGAGAGGGUGAAAGCUGGAGGCAGGAUCAAUCACGACCUUCACGAGCGCCUGUGUGUGGCCCUCAGCAAGCUUCUCAGCAUCAGUCCAGACGCACAGGCGUUUGGUGCAAGGUACUUUAACAAUGCCCCGCCAGUGUUUCAGAGGCUCUUCUUCACCAGUGAAGAGUCAUCAGCCGUGCAGUAUGGCCCCAGAAGGAUGAAGCUGCGUGACCUCAUGGGUGCCACCCUACGUUUCCUCCAGAGUGAUUGUGCCAAGUUCCGAAUGCUCUGGGACUGGAGCCCCUGCAUGUCACAUCUGCUCACCAGUGAUGUCAUGGUGCGAUGGUACACCGCCCACUGUUUAGCACUGGUCUCUCAUAUGACUGAUAAUCAGAAAACGAUCUUCCUGAGGAAGGUGCUGACAAGUGAUGAGAUCCUACAUAUGAAAAUUAAGGAUCUGGAAGAAACUCAGCAGCUGGAGGUAGAGAAAGCCCUGGUUUUAGCCAAUCAGUGCUCUGUGACGUGGUGCCAAGAAAAGGCCAACAAGUUUACCAGAGGCCAGGUGGUAUCAGAGGACUUGUCGCAGAAUGUAGUGGCAGUCUGUGGUGUUGUGCUACCCAGGAUAGUUCCUAGGCAGCCUGAACAGAUUGAUCGAAAGGAUCUGGUGCUGGUCGAUUCAACCUGCCGCAGUCUGAGAAGACUGGCUCUGGCUGUGGCAUCCCAGAAACCCAUACUGCUCGAGGGCCCUAUUGGAUGUGGUAAAACGGCCUUGGUAGAGUUUAUGGCUGCUGUCACCGGACGUGCCAAUGCUACAGAGAUCCUCAAGGUGCAGCUUGGGGACCAAACUGACAGCAAGGUGCUCCUGGGAAUGUACCGUUGUACUGACAUACCAGGGAAGUUUACGUGGCAGCCUGGAACUCUGACACAAGCUGUCUCUUCAGGCCAGUGGAUCCUCUUGGAGGACAUUGACCAUGCUCCUCUGGAUGUGGUAUCUCUGCUCCUGCCUUUGAUGGAGAAUAAAAAGCUGGUGAUUCCAGGACGAGAGGAUUGCAUUGAUGUUGCUCCUGGAUUUCAGUUCUUUGCAACCAGAAGGAUGUAUUACAGUGGCGGGAGCUGGCACAAACCACCGAACUCCCAUGCAACACUGUUGGACAAGUACUGGAGCAAGCUGCAAAUGAGCAACAUGACACGAGAAGAGCUGAAAAAGGUGCUUGUCAGUAGGUACCCAAAGCUGUCUGCGGUGUCAGACCGUCUCCUGGAUAUCUUCUGCCAGCUGACUGGGGAGCAGGACACAAGCAGCCUCCAAAUCCCUGACGACAGCGAGCAGCACAGAUCUGAGGACAAAAGCACACCGUUGGGGGGGAGAUCUCUUUCACUGAGGGACCUACUGAAGUGGUGUGAGCGCAUCAGCAUCAACUUUGACUGCACCUCAUCCGCUACAGCACAACAUGUCUUCCUUGAGGCUCUUGACUGCUUCACAGCCGUGCUGUCUAGUCCCGAAAGUCGGCUACGAAUGGCUGAGAUCAUUGGGAGCAAACUUAACAUCUCCAGAGAGAAGGCUCAGCACUUCUGCCACAUUUAUCAGCCUGGCAUCGUGCUAACGGAGCUGGAGGCUUCAGUGGGCAGAGUGACUCUGAGUCGGAAGCAGACUGAAGCAGUUCAGCUGAGUGUGUAUAACCAGACAUUUGCUGCCACACGACCGUCUGCCGUGCUGCUGGAACAGCUGGCAGUGUGUGUGGCCAAAGGAGAGCCAGUUCUUCUGGUGGGAGAGACUGGAACUGGGAAGACCUCUACUGUACAACACCUAGCUAGAAUCACAGGACACAAGCUGCGGGUUGUGAACAUGAACCAGCAGAGUGACACUGCAGACCUGCUUGGAGGGUACAAACCAGUGGACAUCAAGCAGAUCCUGCUCCCUCUCUGUGAGGCCUUUGAGGACCUGUUCUCCCAGACGUAUUCAAGAAAGCAGAACCUGACCUUCCUGGGUCAUGUGCAGACCUGCUUUAGAGGGAAGCGUUGGCAGGAUCUGCUUAAGCUCAUGGACCACGUCUGCAAGUCGGCUCUCACUAAGGAGCUGCAAGAGAAAUCAAAUGCUGCCUUGCUCCAGGAGCAGUGGGAGGCACUGGCUUCAAAACUGAAUCAGACACAGCACCAGAUUCGAGCCUGUGAAACAUCCAUGGUCUUCGCCUUUGUGGAGGGAACAUUAGCUCAAGCAGUGAAGAAGGGCCACUGGAUCCUGUUGGAUGAGAUCAACCUGGCAGCAGCAGAGACCCUUGAGUGUCUGAGUGGACUGCUUGAGGGCAGCACCAGAUCUCUAGUACUGCUGGAUCGUGGCGACACAGAGCCCCUGGUACGCCACCCAGACUUUCACCUUUUUGCCUGCAUGAACCCAGCUACUGAUGUUGGGAAGAGGAACCUGCCUCUGGGCCUUAGAAACAGGUUUACUGAGCUGUAUGUGGAAGAGCUGGAGAAUGAAGGUGACCUGAGGAUCCUGAUUUCUGAUUACCUCAAGUGUUUAAAUCCACACCGAAGUGUCAUCAGUGGCAUUAUAAGUUUUUACCUGGCAGUACGAAAGGAAGCCAGUUCACACCUGGUGGAUGGGAGAGGCCACAGACCCCACUACAGUCUGCGGACUCUGUGCAGGGCCCUGAAGUAUGUGGCAGCCAACCCCUGCAGCAAUGUGCAGCGCUCACUUUAUGAGGGAUUCUGCUUGAGCUUCCUUACUCAGCUGGAUAGAAGCUCCCACCCUGUGGUCCAGAAACUGGUGUGUCAGCACAUCCUGAUGGGCAACACCAAGUGUCUCAAACAAUCCAUCCCAGCACCCUCAGGCCGACCCUGUGUGGAAAUAGAAGGCUACUGGGUUUUCCAGGGGGAGAUGGAACCAGCUCUGGACCCCAGCUAUAUCCUCACUCCCUCAGUCAAGCUGAACCUGCGUGACCUUGCCAGAGUGGUAUCUGCAGGGACUCACCCAGUGCUGAUCCAGGGAGAGACGUCUGUGGGAAAGACCAGUCUGAUUAGGUGGCUGGCUGCAGCCACUGGGAACCAGUGUGUGAGAAUCAACAACCAUGAGCACACUGACAUCCAGGAGUACAUUGGCUGUUACUCAUCAGACGACAGGGGCAAGCUGGUAUUUAAAGAGGGCGUCCUGAUUGACGCUAUGAGAAAAGGCUACUGGAUCAUCCUGGAUGAGCUGAACCUGGCCCCUACUGAUGUUCUGGAGGCUCUCAACAGAUUGCUGGAUGACAACAGGGAGCUCUUUGUGGCCGAGACUCAGGAAGUCAUCGAGGCUCAUCCCAGGUUCAUGCUGUUUGCUACACAGAAUCCUCCUGGUCUCUACGGAGGUAGAAAGGUUCUCUCCAGGGCUUUUAGGAACCGCUUUGUGGAGCUGCACUUUGAUGAACUUCCCAAUGGAGAGCUGGAGAUCAUCCUCCAUCAGAGGUGCAGCCUUCCCCCGUCUUACUGCAUCAAACUAGUCAAAGUCAUGCAAGACCUUCAGUCCUUGCGCAGAGGAUCUUCGGUGUUUGCCGGUAAACAUGGCUUCAUCACCCUUAGAGAUCUGUUCCGUUGGGCAGACCGUUAUAGGCUGGAAGAGCAGACAGAGGCCUCUCGGGACUGGCUUCAGCACUUGGCAGAUGACGGGUACAUGCUGCUGGCAGGACGUGUAAGGAAGCCUGAGGAAGAGACCAUCAUCCUGUCCAUCCUGGAAAAGCACUUCAAGAGGACGGUGAAACCAGAAAAUCUGUUCUCUCAGAAGCAGGUUGUCAGCCAGUUCAGUCCCUUCAUCGACAGCAUUGCUGGAGUACCAGAGGAGUUUCGCCAUGUGGUGUGGACACAGAGUAUGAGGAGACUGGCUGUGUUGCUAGGUCGGGCGCUGCGAUUUGGCGAGUCUGUGCUGCUCAUAGGAAACACAGGAUGUGGAAAGACCACCAUCUGUCAGCUGUUUGCUGCUUUGGCUGGACAGAAGUUCUUCUCAGUCAAUUGUCACCUCCACAUGGAGACAUCUGACUUCCUGGGAGGCUUGCGUCCUGUCAGACACACACAUCAGUCUGACGGGGGGGACAGCAGACUGUUUGAGUGGCAUGAUGGACCCUUAGUGCUGGCUAUGAAGGAGGGAGGUGUGUUUCUCAUGGAUGAGAUCUCCCUGGCAGACGAUUCUGUCCUGGAGAGGCUCAACAGUGUUCUGGAAACAGAAAAGUCCCUUGUGCUGGCAGAAAAGGGUAGCGGAGACCACGGCGACGUGGAGCUGAUAAGAGCAGCUGCAGGUUUCCGCCUGGUUGCCACAAUGAACCCUGGAGGAGACUUUGGCAAGAAAGAGCUCUCUCCAGCUUUAAGAAACCGGUUCACAGAGAUCUGGUGCCCUCAGAGUAACAACCGCAGUGACCUGAUUAAGAUCAUCCAACACAACCUACGCUCAGGCCUCUCACUUGAUGCUCCACUUAUCACAUUGUUUCCAGCAGCACCACACAGCUGUUUUUACAAAGAAAGCUCCGGUGGGGAUGUUGCAGAGCUGAUGCUGGACUUCAUCGAGUGGCUCACACAGCAGGAAUUUGGUCGUCGUUGCAUCCUGAGUGUUCGAGACAUACUUUCAUGGGUCAACUUCCUUAAUGCUGUGUGCGAGCGGGAUGAGGACGGCUUUAUGACAAUGGGAACAACGGAAGAUGAAGAAAGUGCUGAGUGGGACCUGCGUCUGGACACUGUUACUGCCUUCAUCCAUGCUGCCUGUCUUGUCUACAUAGAUGGCAUCGGCUCAGGGACCACAGCGUUCUGUGCAGACAGUGCACACUCUGCUCGUCGGCUGUGCCUGGGCUUCCUGCAGCAGAGACUGAGCAAGCUGACCAAGCUGGAUCAGGAUGUAAUGGAUGCCCUGAGAGUGUAUGACAGCAGCCUGCCACGGGAGCCUCAGUGGGGCGAAGACUUCUUUGGCAUUGACCCCUUCUACAUCGCAUUAGGGCCUCACACCGAGAGCCGUCACCUGUCAAACUACACCAUUGCAGCGGGCACUACUGCAGUGAAUGCUCAGAGGAUUCUGCGGGCACUGAAGCUGCAGAGGCCUGUGCUGCUGGAGGGCUCACCUGGUGUGGGAAAGACCAGCCUGGUGGCCGCGCUAGCAAAAGCUUCUGGAAAUCAUCUGGUUAGAAUCAACCUGUCAGAGCAAACGGAUGUCACUGAUUUGUUUGGAACAGAUCUCCCAGUGGAGGGUGGGAAGGGAGGAGAGUUUGCGUGGCGCGAUGGUCCCCUUCUGGCGGCUUUGAAGGCAGGCCACUGGGUGGUACUGGAUGAGCUGAACCUGGCCUCUCAGUCAGUGCUGGAAGGCCUAAAUGCCUGCUUUGAUCACCGAGCAGAGAUCUACAUUCCAGAGCUGGGCAUGAGCUUCCACGUCCAGCAUGAGAAGACAAAGAUCUUUGGAUGCCAGAACCCUUUCACUCAAGGUGGUGGGCGUAAGGGCCUGCCCAAAUCCUUCCUGAACAGAUUCACCCAGGUUUUUGUGGACCAGCUCACCAGCAAGGACAUGGAGUUCAUAGGAGACUUGAUUUUCCCCAGUAUUGAUAAGGAAAUUGUAAUCAAAAUGGUGGCGUUCAGUAACAGGCUUGUCCAAGAGGUGUGUAUGGAGAGAUGUUGGGGUCAGAAAGGAAGCCCCUGGGAGUUCAACCUACGUGACAUGUUCCGUUGGUGUCAGCUGAUGCAGGCUGACCAAGCACCAGGAUUUUUCAACCCAGGCCAGCAUGUAGCGUUGGUGUAUGCUGACAGAAUGAGAACAGAGUCCGACAAAGCUCAGGUGCUGUCUGUGUUCAGGAAGGUGUUUGGGGGGGACUUUGAGCCUUACUGCGGCUCCAGAGAGUUUCACAUCACUCCGCUCAACCUACAGGUGGGCUACUCUGUGCUGCAUCGCAGUGGCGGAGCCAGUGUGGCCCUGGACACACCACUGUCCAUUACACAUCAGUGCUUGCGGCCUCUGGAGUCCAUGAUGAAGUGUGUGGAGAUGGGCUGGAUGACCAUACUGGUUGGCCCCACUGCGAGUGGAAAGACCAGCCUGGUGAGACUGCUUGCUUUACUGACGGGACACCGCCUCAAAGUCAUGGCCAUGAACAGCGCCAUGGACACCACAGAGCUACUGGGAGGCUUCGAGCAGGUGGAUAUCAUACGCCCAUGGCAGCAAGUUCUAGAGAGUGUAGAUUAUAUAGUCGCCAUGGUAAUAAGGCGUGGAUUGAUGUCACUGGAUGUUGGCAUCCAGGACACAGAGUUCUUGCUGCAGACAUGGGGCCUGUUUUGCCAAUGGCUGAAGGAGGAGGGACUGCAAAGAACUGGAGGAACAGUCACCUCUGAGGCACUAAACAAGCUGGAGGUUAUCAUCCUCCUCCUGCAGAAACUCAACACCAAGCUCAAAGUGUUCACUGACAUGUCCAAGCUUCAGAUGGACUUUACGCUGCUGAAGGAGCGUCUGGCUCAGCUGGAGGAUGGCUGGACAAAUGGAGGUUUUGAGUGGUUGGAUGGUAUGCUGGUCCAGGCCCUUCAGUCUGGUGACUGGUUGCUUAUGGAUAACGUCAACUUCUGCAACGCCUCAGUCCUGGAUCGUCUCAAUGCUCUGCUGGAGCCUGGUGGAUCACUCAUCAUUAACGAACGUGGUGUCAUAGAUGGGAACACCCCCAAAAUCACUCCACAUCCUAACUUCAGGUUGUUCCUGACCAUGGAUCCUGUGCAUGGGGAACUCUCCAGAGCCAUGAGGAACAGAGGGGUGGAGAUUUACAUUCCAGGUGAACAUGAAGGUGUCUGCUGGGACAUGCUGGACCUAAAGACUUUGCUUCACACCGCUGGGGUGACUGGAGACUGUGUUUGUGAUCUUCUGAUUGAAAUACAUAAGGGAAUUAAAUCUGCUAUCUGGGAUUCUCCAGCCUCAUCAGUGGCCUCUCUCCUCCAUGCUGCCACCCUGCUGUCCUGCCAGUUGCAGAGAGGUGUGGAUUUGCCCAGCGCCCUGCAGCACGCCUGUGGAGAGGCCUAUGUUUUCUGCCAGCGCACCUCUGCCAACCAGAAGGAAGCUCAGCAGGUGAUUGAGCAGCGCUUGAGCAUCCUGGACACAGAGGAAUGGGGCAGUGGGUUGCUGUGUGCUGGAGUCUGGCCUGACAGCUUCCCCUCCGCCCUCCUCUCUACUGAGGAUUCCUGCUUCUCCACCGUCCUCAGAGAUGGGCAGGUCCUCUUAUUUUGUCUGAACACUCUCAGCCUCCAAAGCAAACGGAGCCAGCCUCUAAGUCUGAGUGACCUUCAGAGGGCACUGCAGAGCAGUGGUGUCCAUGAAAGCCUGGUGUUCUCUGGAGGAGUGGGGGAUCUGGAGGAUGGACAUGCCCUGAAGCUGAUCUCCACAGCAGUGAGACUGCUCACAGAGAGAGCCUGUCAUGGAGACUGGGUCAUGCGCAGCAGCUGGCUGUCACACUUGGGAAAGAGCUACAAAUAUGCUCCUGAUGCAGCACUGGUCCAGGUGGAAGCAGGAAACAGGGCUCUAAAGGCUGUGUUUGCUAGCAAACUUGCUACCAAAGGCAAGUCACUAGCAGAGUUGCUCCAGCCCCACAGCAUAGAUGAAUAUAGGAUUCUGGUGGAUAUGCGCUGGAAUAAACAAUACCUGGACAUUUUAGCCAACAAGUGCAACUUUGAGGAUGAGGAAAGAUACGUGGAGUUCCUGGAGGCACUAAAUGCAGUCGCCAACAGGAUUGUUCUGAUGAUGCACAGAGAGGAGAGGUCUGUUAUAUGCACUUGUGCCAUCAACCCUUCAGCUCCAAACUCUGUCCUGCGAAUAGCCACAGCCUUUAGUAAAGGGACUGUGGAUAUCGGUCACCUGCCCCACCCUGUGCUGAUGCACCUGCAAACCUUCUUUGAGCUGUGGGACUCCUUCACCCUGCAGGCAAUCCAGAGUGGACAACCCUACAUUUCAGACCACAUCAUGUUUGAGAUCCUGCAGCUGCUACAGUGGCUCGACCGUUUCUGGGAUGCAUGCAGCACACUGCUGCCCGACUCUCAGGGCAUCUCUGUGCUGUCUCUGCACUGGCAGUGGGUGCAGAAACACCUCAUCCUCCGACUGCCACAGCUUCUGCUGGGAGAUGUCUAUGCCACAUUUGAGGGUCAUCAGGAGCUGCAGGCGGUCUCAGCAGCCAUCCAGACUGUUCUGUCCACCCCAGUGUCUGCGGCUACGGCUCUGAAAGGCAUUCAGAAAACCCUGGGGAAAACUCUUCCUUUUAAGUUGGAGUCAGUGGCUGAAUGUGCAUCUCGGCUCCGGCUCCUCAGUAAAGCCCUGGAUGUGAGCGAUUUGAGACUAGACAGCAGCACGAUUCUUAGGAGGCAAGAGCUGGUCCGACUCCAGGGUGCUGGACUAGGGCUGGACAUCAAAGAGAGUCUCCUAGAAGCCUGGGGCCUUGUUCUGCUCGCAAACAACCAGUUGGACCCACAAAACUCUGGGGUGCUGGAGAGGUUGGUUUCAAGUGUGGAGCAGCAGCAGUGUUGCAUGACCUCCAGAGGCCUCUUGGAUGUCUCUUCCAUGUCAGAGGGGGAGGAGCCCACAGAUGGAGUCCCCCUUGCCAGAGAGGAGCUGCAGCAGCUUAGACACAGGGCCCAGCUCUGGCCCCUGAUGGAGAAACUGGCUGUCCUAAACCAGCUACGACUUAGCACAGACCUACUGCACCUGGCUCUUUCUCCUGGUGACCAGGAGGCUGAGGACUGCUUACGUCGGGAUCUCUCCAGACAUCUUCGUUACUGCCUCCAAUCCACCCCAAUCAAUGUCAGCCAGCUGCAGCCACUGUGGUUCCUGCUCAGUAGUGACAGGCCUGCUGAGGAGCUCCCUUUUGUAUGGUGUGAGCUGCUGUCGGAGGCUCUGGCUUCCCUGUGGACUUGCAGCAUGACCUCAAACCCAGAACGCUGGCUCAAGUGGGACCCUCUAAGUCCUGAGACCCAAACAGAACCAGAGCUUCACCAAGGAGCAGAUAUCAUGGGUCCAGCUUUGCUAAGUAAAGCAGUAUGGUCCCGUUGCAUGCUGGAACUGCUCAGCAGCAGAGAGACAUGUGGUCGAUGGGAACCUUCAGGAGAAACCUUUCUCUCCCUCUCCCAUGUCAGACUUGGGGAUUGGAAGGGGAGGAUUCAGCAGCUGCAGGAUGUUUCUGCUGUGCUCUGGGAAAACAUGGCAAUCCAUGCACUGGCUGAUUUCAGGGGAACAGACUUAAGGCUCCAAGGUGCAGUUCUGCGUCGGCAGCUUCAAAGCAUGGCUGAUGUGCUGCCUCCCGCCCUGCAGGAGGGCUACAUGGAGAGUUGCGAGAGCCUGGUGGUGGACCCCGACCCUCUCAUUGCUGCCCAGGAGAUCGAGACGGUCUUCAGAGACUUCCUACCUCCUAACCUGCUCCCUGAUGGCCUCGUGGAAGCCUGCCUUACCUGCCUGCAGCAAUACGUCCAAAGCAAAGUCCAAGGCUCCAACCCACUGACUCGCUCCGGAGUAUUCUGGGUCAACAUGGGCUUGCUGCAGAUUAAAGUGUGGACACCACAGACCAUCUUUGACCCAGCUGUAAAGAGGGCCUAUAAACUCAGCUACGCUCAGCAGGAGUUGGCUCUGCUGCAGGAAGAGUGGAAAGGGCGGAGCCUGUGGUCUCAGCUGAUGACUGGAGCAGAACUGGAGGAGAGCAGCACCACUGAUGGCUUCCAGCAUCCUCGAAUCAGGUAUCUGUGGAUCCGCAUCCGGCAGGUGAGGGAGCAGAUAGCUGAGCUCUCCAGGAAGCAGGCCUAUCGUCCUCGUGAGCCCCAGUACAGUCGGCUUUUCCAGGAGCUUCAGCACUACAUCUGCAGCAUUGGCCAGAUGUCAGCUGUGGAGAACCUGCUAGCCCAGCUGCUGAACACCCUGCAAGACUCCCCAUCCUCAAAAUCCAGGUCAGCAGUCCAGGCCCUCCUGAAGGAAGAGGUGGUUUGGCAGAACUCCCAGCAACAUUUCUGCCAGAGGCUGCAGGAGGAGUACCCCCUUUAUCCUGAUGUUAUUGGGCCGGUGAGGACAGGUAUCCUUCAGCUACGGUACGGCAUGAGGCUGGUAGCCUCCCAGGUGGCUGCCUCUCUAACUCCUAUACCCGGGUUGCCAAAGCUGUUGUCCUGCCUACUCGCCUUCCCCUUCCUGUCGCCCAGCCAGCCAUCCUACCUGGUCCGGGCAGACUUUCUGUGUUCCAGGAUUUGUAUGGAGACGCUGCACAGCCUAGAGAAGCUUCUGCCCCAGCAGGACGUUGCACGUGUGAUCCCCCAGUCCUCCACUCUGCUACUCAAUGCUCUGCUCUAUGUCCAGUGCCACAUCCUGUCCACGGGAGAGUUCAGUCACGAGGCACGCAGCAUCUUCAGACACAUCUGUCAGGCUUUGGUGAAUCAGUGGGAUGAGCAAGAGAGACAAAAGAAGGAGCACAAACAAAUGGAGGCCAGUCUGUACCGAAGCUGUAGCCAAUUGCAUGGCUCAGGACGGACUGAGGACGAGCAGGAGGAGCAUGACUUCAGACAGCAGUUUCCUCAGUUCAAGAAGGACUUUGCAGACAUCAUGUCUCAGCCAAGUUUAGACGGACCAGCUAACACACAUCUGGAAGAGGAGGAAGACAAAACCCAGGACGACUCCUUUGAGCUGAGCUCUCUCUCUCCUGCUACCAUGAAUACGGUGGUCCAGGUGCAUCAGUGCUUGUGUCUGGGAUACACCCAAUCACUUUGGUAUAAGAGUAAAGCACCAGCCAUUCACAGUAAAGAACACAUCAAAGCCCUGCUCUCCUCCUAUCAGAUUGCUUCUCCAGUGAUGUCACGCUUCUAUCACCUGAUUGAUUCUGACCUGGACCAGCAGCUGACAGGCAGUGAACUGCUGCUUUCUGCCCUCCUCCAAAACACUGUGCAGGGCUCUGGUGGUGUUGAUGGUUUGAUCAUCACCUCUGAUGGACCGUAUGACUUCUACCAGCAGCCCAACAUGAGUGAGGCUUGCCUUUGUCUCCCAGUGUUAGAACAGCUGAUUGCAGCAGUGAAGCAGAGACUAGAGGACUGGCCUGGGCACCCUGCCCUCAUACAGCUGACUGUGGUGAUGGAAAGAAUCAUGGCUUUCAGUCUGGCCAGCCCAUUGGCCAAGUUCCUGAAUGGUCUGGAGAUCCUGCUCAGCAAAGCACAAGACUGGGAGAAUAAUGCCAGCCGCUCAGUGUCUCUACGAAAGGAACUGGAACCCGUCACACAGCUCAUUAUUCAGUGGCGCAAGCUAGAGCUUAAUUGUUGGUCGAGCAGUCUGGACAACGCAAUGAAGCGGCACACCGAGAAGUCCACCAAGCACUGGUUCUCUGUCUACCAGCUGCUGGAGAGAUAUCUAGAGGAACAAAGGGCGGAGACCUCAGGUGAAGAAGUAGAACUCCUUUCCCUGUCCUCAGUGUCCUCCACCCUUCAGGCCUUUAUGGAGGGCUCCACCCUGGGCGAGUUCCACGCUCGUCUGGACAUGGUGCUCAGUUUCCACUGCCACGUCCUGUUAGUCCCCAGCCAGCCUGGACGAGAGCCUUUGUCCAGUCUUCUAUGGAACCUGUACAAAUACUACAAUCAGUUCUCUGAAUGUGUUCAAACCAAAAUCACUCAACACAGGCAGACGAUUGAGAAGGAGCUCAAGGACUUUGUCGAGAUCUGCAAAUGGAAUGAUGUCAGUUUCUGGUCCAUCAAACAGUCAGUGGAGAAGACACAUCGCACUCUCUUCAAGUUUAUCAAGAAGUUUGAAGAGGCUUUGAACAGUCCAAGUGUUCCUGCUCUGGUGGAGCAGGGAAGCAGUGCAAAUUUGGACAGUGUGGACUCUAACCCAGAGGAAACACCCACCCAUCGAGUUCAUCGGGUGCUGAAGAGCACCCUGCUUGGAAAGGGCAGGGAUCUGCCGACUGAGAGCAAAGAAGGGUUUGAAGCUUCUUCCCUACAAGGACAGCUGCCUGUUCUGUUCAGGAAGAUGAAGAAGAUGUGCAUCCAGCUGCUGAAGAAAAACCCAGCUCCCGAGCUGGCUGAAGACCUGGACUUCUUUACUGGCGAGGUCAUCAGCAACUUGCACGCCCUGCAGAGUCUCACCAUCGACACAUCAGCAGAUAAAGAGAAGCAGAAGGCUGAGGUAAAGCACAUCCUUCAGCAGAAGCAGAGAGCUCUGUCUGACCUGUUCAAGAUGCUCACAGAAAUGGGUCUUUCGUACCGCAAAGGACUGAUGUGGAACAGGACAGCCAACCCAGAGAAGACUCUGUGCAUGCAGCCACUGGAGAUGACCAUCGCUCUCUCUGCUGUCAAGAAUCAGGAGCAGGCAGACAGCAUGUUGUUUGUAGAGUUGUUGACAGCAUGGGAUGGUUGUCAGAAGUACUUUUACCGCUCAUGGGCCAGGAACACGACCAUGCAGGUUGCUCUGCAGCAUGCUGCCAAGGAGCUGGGUCUGGCAAACAUAGAGCGCUGCAGAGGUUUCUCCUCUCACCUCUUCAAGCUGCUCCUCAAACAGAGGCGACGGCUGGCCAAGAUCACUGACCAAUGGAUCUCUCUCAGGAGGCUAAUUGACAGUGUGCAGGAUAUUGAGGCAUACCUCCAAAGCCAGAGUGAGGAGCCAGGCUGCGUCCUCCCACCCCAGGCCUCUCUCCAGGACUGGGUGAGCAGAGGCCAGGCGCUCAUAGCCCAGUGCAACACCCUUUUGCAGCAGCUGGUCUGGUUGCUGCAGUGCUGCCCUGAGAACCUCCAGCAGAAGGACGAGGUGAGCAGCUGCAAGCAACACACCCUGAGGUGUCCGUCCCCACUGGCAGUCCAGCGGCAACCCCCGGGCUGCUUGAUGAGGAGGGGUGACAGUGCAUGGGGCCAGCUACAUCAGCAUGUCACUAAAAUGCUGAAGCAGAUCCAGAGCCUGAAGGUGGAGCUUGACUCUGUAGCACAGCAAACAUCUGACAGAGUUCUUCUCACAUGGAACUACUUUAUUGCAUGCUGUUCAGCCUUUGACCAUCUGGGAGCUGUUGAGGCUCAGAUGCCCAUUGUGGAGCAAGUCUUCACCCCAGAUGUGUGUGUCGGCACUACAGACAGCCAACCAGCUAUGAUCCAGAGCAUGCAAUAUGUCAGAGGACAGGUGGAGGCCAGCGUCAUAGAAUUCACCACAUGGAAGACCCAGAUGCUCUCCCUGGGAUACCAGCACACAGAUCAUCAGCAUACCUUCUGUACUGAGUUCUCUGCUGAGCUGGAGGCAAACAUCAACACAUUGCUGUGUACUGUCCAGACACUCGUGAAGAGAAGGGAGAGGGUGCAACAACGAGAGCAGCAUGGAGACAUGAAGAGUGAGGGUGCCAAAGAGGAAAAGGAGGAACCUGUGGAGGACCUGCUGAAGCCUGGUCACCUGACUCGCCUUUUAGAGGAGGAGCUGGAGGCUGAUGUGGAGGCUCUGCGUGUGGGAGAUGUGAAUGCCGGGCUGGAGAGGCUGCUGUGCCACCUAAAGACAUACAGAGACUCCUGUCAGCCACCACAAUUCCAGGAGGUAAACAGGGCAUGCAGGAUGCUGGUUCGUUUGGAGCCUCUGCUAGGAAUUUACUCUGACCUAGUACGUUACUACCUGGCUGUGUCACUGGGAGCACACAGAAGCACAGGCAAACUUCUGUCUGUACUGGCCAGCAUCUUCACUGAGCUCGCUCAGAAGGGUUUCUGUCUGCCUCAGGAGCUUAUGACUGGAGAUGGAGAAGGAGCGGCAGAGUUUCAUGAUUACGAGGGUGGUGGUAUAGGAGAGGGCAAGGGCAACAAAGAUGUCAGUGACAAGAUUGAAAAUGAAGAUCAGUUGGAGGACACCUUCAAAGACGGUGAGGAAAAGGAGGAACAACAGGACAAAGGGAACAUUAAGUCAGAAAACAACGCUAUUGAGAUGUCAGAGGACUUUGAUGGCCAGAUGUACGAUGGUGAUGAGAAUGAACCAGGUGAAGAUGAGGGGUCAGAUAAAGAGGAUGAGGAAGAGCUGGACAAAAAGAUUGGUGACCUGGGUGAAGGCCAGACAGACACGCUUGAUGAGAAAAUGUGGGGAGAUGAUGAAGAUAGUGAUGAAGACCAAAGUGACAAGGAGGAGGAGUCUGGUCAGGGCAUGGACCAGGGUGAUUCAGAGUUGGUUGCCAAAGAUGACAACUUGGAUGCAGCAGACCCCAAAAAAGAUCACAAGAACCAGGACAAAGACCAACAGAUAGACAAAGAGGAGAAAGAGAAGAUCCAUGAACAAGGAGACGAGAGGGAGUUUGAUGAAAAUGAAGUAGACCCCUUCCACGGUCAGCAGGACAAGAGACCUGAACCCGAGGCCAUGGAUCUGCCUGAGGAUCUCAAUCUAGACCAGGGCGACACGGUUGGAGAUGAUGAAGAGGAUGAGGGUGAAGAGGAAAAUCCAUUUAACAUUGAUGACAGAGGGAUGGAACCGGAUAAGGAGGAGGAUGCAGAGAAAGAUGGAGUGGAAGAUAAGCAAGGAGCAGAGGAGAUGGAGGAAGACCAACCUGGUGAGGAAAAGGACCAAACUGAAGAGGCAGAGGAGAAAGAAGAAGGAGAAGGAGCAGAAAAGGAUAAGUCUGCUGAUGGAGAUGGAGAGGAAGAAGAGGAAAACAAGGAAAAAGGACCGGAGUCGGGAAGAGAUGAGGAUAACAGUGUACCAAACCACAAAGGACAAGAACCAAAGGAGGAGGAAGAGGAGGAAGCUGGUGGGGAGCUACCCGAGUCUGCUGAGAGGAAAGGACACGACACAGAGGGUCAGACAGGAGAGCAUAACAUCCAAAGUGACACAGCUGUGGAGCUGGCAGGAGAAGCGUCAGAGAGAGACGAGGCCAAAGAGGAGCAUGGCAGUGGAGCAGCAGAUGCCAACCAAUCUGAGGGCCAUCAGUCACAGCUGACAGCAAAACUGACUUCACAGAGACAGACUCAGAGCAAGACUCAAAGCUUCAAGAGAAAACCUGGUCAAGCAGACAAUGAGCGCUCUAUAGGUGACUACAACAAGCAAAUCAACAAGCGCCUGCGCACAGUGGAAAGAAGUGAGGAUUUCACUGAGGACGACAGGCAGAGUGGCACCCAGCGGGAGUCAGAUCUGUAUGAGCACAUUAAGCAUGGAGAGACAGCCUACGACACUCAGACAUACGAUGUUGCCAGUGCAGAGCAGCAGAAAGCAGCAGGGCCUCAGGACAAGGAUGAAGAUCACAAAGAUGAGGAUGUAUCCAUGGAAACAGAGGACCAGGAGGAACAUCUCAAAGUGGCUGAGGCCCAGGAGCUGAAGCCUGAACAGCUGGAUGCCUCCAAGGCCUCCCAGAGAGGUGCAGACAUUGGGGAGAUGGAGGUGCAGAGGCAGGGAGUGGAGCAGGAGGAAGAGGGGUGGAAAGAAAAACAACAACCCAAAGAAGAAGAGCGAGCAGCGAGAAGAACGGACUCCACAAUUCACACUGUUCCUGAGCUGCUUCUGGACUCUAUGCAGAAAGCACAGAGAGACCCAGAAGAAAUGAGGAGGGAGAUGGAGCUGCAGCUGGAGACCUGGCACAGACUGGGCCCAGGGACUCAGGAGGAGGAGAAUGCAGCUGCUUCCAGAUGGCAUCAGUACCAAAAUCUGACCUCAGCUCUGUCCCAGCAGCUGUGUGAGCAGCUCCGCCUCAUCCUGGAGCCCACACAGGCCAUCAAACUCAAAGGUGAUUACCGGACAGGGAAGCGUCUGAACAUGAGGAAGGUGAUCCCCUAUAUCGCCAGUCAGUUCCGCAAAGACAAGAUCUGGCUAAGGAGGACCAAACCCAGCAAGAGAGAGUACCAGAUCUGCCUGGCUGUGGAUGACUCAUCCAGCAUGGUGGACAACCAUUCUAAACAGCUGGCAUUUGAAUCCCUGUCAGUGAUUAUCAAUGCCCUCACUCUGCUGGAGGUGGGACAGGUGUCUGUUUGCAGCUUUGGGGAGCAGGUGCAGCUGCUGCAUCCGUUCCAGCAGCAGUUUAAUGAUGAGUCCGGGGCUCGCAUCCUCAGACUCUGUCAGUUCCAGCAGACGAAGACCAGAAUAGCACAGUUUUUGGAGACCACCACUAAAAUGUUUCUGGCAGCACGUCAGCAGAGUCCAGGAUUUACGAACUCAGAGGCAGCCCAACUGCUGGUGAUUGUGUCUGAUGGCCGGGGGCUCUUCCUGGAGGGAAAGGAGCGGGUAAUGGCAGCUGUGCGUGCAGCACGCAGUGCCAAUAUCUUUAUUAUCUUUAUGGUGUUGGACAACCCUAACUCCCGGGAUUCCAUCCUGGACAUCAAGGUGCCCAUCUUUAAAGGGCCAGGAGAGCUGCCAGAGAUCCGCUCCUACAUGGAUGAGUUUCCCUUCCCCUUCUACGUGAUCCUGCGAGACGUUAACGCCUUGCCAGAGACGCUCAGUGAUGCGCUUCGGCAGUGGUUUGAACUUGUCACAGUGGCUGAGCAAUGAGGCUAAUGAGAAGCCAUCUUUCACAGGAGGAGAGAAGUGGGCAGCAGCCACAUGCACAAUGCCACUCUGCUGCUACCCUCUCAGACACAAAAGACUGAGCUGUAUAUGUGCCUUUAUUUUCUUAUUAUUACUGUAGGUUUUAGUCACGUUUGAUAGCAAGUGUUGCUUUUUUGUCUGCAUCAGGAAAAUUUGGUUUCUUUUUAUGAUGUAACAAAGAUUACUUUAACUUGCACGUCUGAAAUGAAAUAACAGGAACAAAAAAUGUGAUUUCCCUGUGUGUGUGAACCAAGUGUCAGUAAUUACCUCUGCAACCACCACCGCCAUGUGAUGGCCCUGUUUUACAUUUGUUUGGAUGUUUCAGUCAGUGCUAUGAAGAUCAGCGACUCAUUCAUUCAAACUGAACACAACAGCAGGACUGAACUUUGUGUAACAAUUAGUCUUUUUAAUGUCUCGACUGAACAGUAGCAUGUUGUAGCUGAUAUUUGAAAGAACUCAAACGUGCCUUGGAGGGAACAGCACUGCGUCUCACUUCACAUCUCAAGCAGCUGUCAUGGUGACAGAUCACAGGUUAGGAUUUUUACUAAUUAAUUUCAGUCAUGUACUGUGAAGCACAGCAACUGCAGAGUUCACGUUUCUAUACGCGCUCCUGGGAGAACCUGUCUUGGUGCUUUAUAAACUCGUCAGCUGUGUUCACCUUCCCUGAUACAGUGUGACACAGCUCACGACUGUGUCUGUUACAACAUGUUUAUAAUAUGCAUUGAAAUGUGUGUUCUGUAAUGUGGACAUACAUGUAGGCAUAUUUAAGAGAUUCACUGCACCUAUUAAAUCAUGACAUGAAU